AUGAAUCGAAGACGAAGGGAAAAGGACCUGAUUAGACUCUCAAAAGUGACGGAAUGUUUGGUGGAAUCCGAUACGCCUCUUGACCCAACAAAUGAGCUCGAGCUUGCAGCAGGGGCAUGUCUAGUCUGGGAUACAAACGUUGUUGUCCAAGUUAUGCCCAAAUUCAGUUUGCUUGUGGCCAGUACUCUUGUCGAGAUAUGCGGCGCUGCUGGAUCGAUACAGAGGGGAAAGAUCGGGAGUGGGGCAAAAACCAGAGGAGUGAUGGGCGGUUUCGAUGAGGACGAACUUGCGGUCUUUGGAAUGAACCGAGGCUCCGGGACAGAGGCUGAAAAGGCGGAUGGUGUAGUGAAGGAAUAUGCGGCAGGGUUGUUUGGUGUGGAAUGGGUCGACGAGAAGGCGCAGGUUGAAGGCUGGGAGGUCGCGGUGGGUGUUCUGCACAGAGUAAGGGGUGGGCGUGAGAUGUCGGGAAAGCUACUCACCCAGCUGGAGUUGACAUCGAAGGAACGUGUUGAGAGGCUUCUCACGUACUGUAGCGAAAAGAACCUCGAAGAUGAGGCUGCGGAAAUAGCAGCGUCGUUUGCAGAACGUCUCUCAGGCACCACUUCCUGUGGCGACAGCCUUCACUUCUUCGCCCUCGCAAACGACCGUUUCUCCCUCCACAACAUUCUCACGAAGCUAACCACCUCCUCCCUUCUUCACUCAACCCCUUUGCCCGCCCCCUCGUCACUUGACCCCGUCCUCUCCGACCUCCUGAAAACCCCGACCUCUAUUGCCUCACCAAUCCUCCGCUUCGAGCUCUCCGGCUACGCCACCCUCCGUAACUUUUACGAAUCCCGCGACUCGGGCGACCACCCCCGCGCCGUCAAAGCGCUAGUGGCUGUCCUCAAAUCCGCCGGCGAAAAACUCGACGGUGGUGUCUACGAUGCGGACUGGGACUCCGCCCUGGAAGAGUGGAUGAUAGCUGUUCUCCUUGGCGAGCUGAUGCCAUACAUCAACCCACGGAAGCGCCACCUGGGCAUGCGUGAGGCCAUGGACGUGCUCAAGGUGAUUACCAACUUUGAGUGCGUCCGCGGUGACGUGUGGCGGCGGGCGGAGGAAUUCCUGCAGCGGGUGCUCGCGCACAAGGAUUCCCAAGGUGGUGGGAGCGCUGGCGAGGCGAACGGAAUGACGGAGAGCGGGUAUAUCGCCGGGAGCAUGAUCAGCAGCUGGGAGAGCGUUCGCGACGGGAUUGAUUCGGGAUUGGUUGGUGCCGGUGCAACAGCAGGGGCAGUCCAGCGAGCAUGGGAUUGGAGAGAGGGCGCGGAAGGCUGGAAGGUCAGCGAUAUCAUUCGUGUCGUCAGGCUUGGGAUUGCGAAGAUUGUGGCUGAUGCCUGGUUGCUGGGGGAGUGAGUGGUAUACGAUAAUCUCUGUUUGAGUUGGGGGGUUUUGUAAUCUUAGUCUCUUUUUUUUUUACUUUUUCAUUUUUUUUCAUCAAGCGAGCGUGGGAGAUGAAGGGUUUGUCCAUUUAUAUAUUAAAUUUCUGAAAUAUCACUUUUUUUUCUCUUUUU